UCUGAAAGAAUAAUAUACAAGCUUAAUUUGUCAUUGAUGUGUCCAUUUGCCCCUUUCUUUUUCUGUUCUCCUUCAACUGUCGGCAAAACUUUUACUUCUCUUGGUAAGCAGCAUCUGUAUCCCUUUAUCGCUGUAGAAAAGCUGGCUGUUGUGAUCUGCUAGCUAAAAAUCAUUUUCUUUUGAUCAAACUCAGAUAUAUAGUGUUCCCUGAGUUUCCACUAGCUUUAGAAACCAUGUGUAAAAGCAGAUCUGUAAAAGUAGCCUGAAUAUGUUUUGGUUGGCUUUCACAUUCAAGAUGCCAAUCUUUACUUGUGCCCUGUAAGGAAGGAAUAAAGCUGAGAUGUAACCAAGGAUCAAAGGAAAGUAUAACACUUUUGAGCACCUUGGGACAGCUAGUCUCUUCUUGCUUCAUAACUGCAUCCUAGUUGGAGAACAAAUACCCUGCUGCACUUUUGCCCUUGCCUCUUUAUUCACAGAUUAGCAAUAAAAGGGGUAGCUGCUCGCAAUUCACAACUUCAUUGUAAUCAGGUGAUCUUCCUUCAACAGCUUCUCUCAGCUGACAGAAGUCUGAGAGCGUGCUACAAUGGCUAAGAUGGGAGCUGCUAUUAUGGUCUGCAUAGUGGUUUUGGCCCUGGAUGUCACUGCUGGCAUACUAGGAAUUGAGGCGCAGGCUGCUCAGAACAAGACUAAAAAGGUGACAGUUCUCUUCAUUCAAUGUGAGAAACCAGUGUACAAAGCAUACCAGCUUGGCCUGGCUGCUGCAAUUCUCCUGGUAGUUGCCCACGCAAUCGCCAACUUCCUUGGUGGCUGUGCCUGUAUCUGCUCUCAGCUGGAGUUCGUCCGGGCGUCCAUUAACAGGAAACUGGCAGCCACUACCAUAAUUCUCUCAUGGAUUGCCCUGAUUGCCGGAUUCUCGCUGCUGCUCGCCGGUGCCAUGUCCAACUCCAAGUCCAAGACGUCAUGCGGAUUCACGCACGGCCACACCCUGGCCCUUGGUGGGAUCAUGUGCUUCGUCCACGGUGGGAUCACCGUCGCCUACUACGUCACCGCCACUGCUGCAGCGCACGAAGCUGUUUAGCUGGUGGCUCAGAGUUCAUCGGGUGCUCAGUGCAAUGCUUUUGGCCGGGAGACCACCACUAUUCUUUCCUUUGUUGUUUCGUCUUUUCUAUUUGUGAUUUGGCAUUUGCAGAAACAUAUAGUUAUGUCUUUGUACCGGAGUUUAAUGAAAAGGGAAAUAUAUGCUUGUGGUUUGAUUUGUUGCCAUUACA